UCUCUCUCCACGUCUCUCUCUCUCUCUCUCUCUCUCUUAGAGCAGGAAUGUUGAAACAGGAGAGCAGUCAGUCAGCGCCGCACGUUUCUUCUGCACCGCACAGGAGUGAAUAAUUGAUCAUCGUCUCGGUUAAAAUGUAUUGAUGAGGAGAAAGUGAUUUGUGAACGGAUCCUGCAGUUACUUUUGGAUUUACAUUCUUAGCUCGAACGCAUUUCUUUCCCCGUUUCCUCGACUGAAGAAAAGUUUGCUUUGAGACCCCGCACAGCUGGAGUCCGCAGAUGGAAAUAACCUCUCAGUGUACACCGAGCGCACCGUAUUCCAGAGGUCUCCCAAUAUGGACCUGGAGUCACUGAGAAGGUGAAGACUGCUAGUGUUAAAUGCUCACUGCAAGGCUUCCCACAACACUGCGACUGCUCAUAUAACUGCUGUUAGUUCAGUGACUGUGUGAACUGUUCGCAGACUGUUUACCAUGGCGUCUAGUCUGACAUGUACGGGUGUUAUCUGGGCCAUGCUGUCCCUGCUCUGUGCUGCUGCCUCCUGUGUUGGCUUCUUCAUGCCCUACUGGCUGCUGGGGACACAGAUGGACAAGCCAGUGUCCUUUGGCACGUUUCGACGCUGCUCCUAUCCGGUGCGGGAUGAGGAGAGGCAGGCCACAGUGAUGCUGGAGCAGUGUGGGCGCUACGCCUCGUUCCACGGCAUCCCGAGUCUGGAGUGGAGGAUCUGCACAGUAGUGACGGGCGUGGGAUGUGGCCUCCUCCUUCUGGUGGCGCUCACAGCACUCAUGGGCUGCUGCAUCUCUGACCUCAUCUCACGUACAAUCGGCCGUGUGGCUGGAGGCAUCCAGUUUGUUGGUGGUCUGCUCAUAGGAUCAGGUUGUGCACUCUAUCCACUGGGAUGGGACAGUGAGGAAGUACAACAGACCUGCAACAACAGCUCAGACCAGUUUCAACUAGGUUCCUGCCAGAUUGGCUGGGCGUAUUACUGUACAGGGGCAGGGGCGGCGGCUGCCAUGCUGCUGUGCACCUGUCUGUCCUGUUUUGCAGGCAAGAAGCAGAAGCAGUACCCGUACUGAAGAAGGAAGCAUCAGAGAGACGGGGGACAGGUAGAGACCUCGAGCGGGACGACAAAAGGGAGAGGACUCUGACUCUGUGGACUCACCAGUACAGCACAUCAGGCACCAAAGACAUCAAGUCAUUAUGGUGCUCUGCACAUCAUGGGACACUACUCAUCUGACAACUGCAGGGACUGUUUCAUAACACAGCACACACACAUGGCUUUGAAAACAAGUUCUUCUCUUAAAAGCUGUUCUUAAAUGAAAAAUGUAUGGACCAAUCCUGUUUGUAAAAUUGUUACAUGACUAUUUCUUUAAUGAAAAGAGUAUUCUUUUUUUUUUUUUGUCUUCCUCUUCUUUGGUCAUUGAUGUUUAUGUGAUAGUGUGCCCUGUGACGAAGACAAAAGUAAUAUUGCUUCAUUGUCAUGUGAAGUGUUUCUGUCUCCUCCUCAUGUCUCAUCCUUGCCUUAAACACAAACUGAAAUGCAAUAAUCCCUAUAACGUAAAGCAAUCCAACACUGGCUGCCUGCUUCCUCAACUCAGCCUUUUCAGAUUCCAAAAAAAUCUAAGCAUAGUUUAUUUAACACAUUCAUAAGAUAUAAGAUGUGUAUGAUAAUGUGUUUUAUCAUAUUAGCACAUGUUUUGUAUUUACUCUUCAAAUUAUUCUUUGUCAUUAUUUUCGUUUUGUAAAUAAAUGUUUAUUGAAA